AUGGGAUUUUGUAAAUAUCAUAAUUUAUUCUGUCACAAAAGCUCACAAUGUUUCCUUUUCAGGGAUCGCGUGCAGAACGCAAUCAAAGAUGGUAAACUCAAGUUUGCUGACAAGGGAAAGGCACAAAUGCAAAUUUAUGCUGACCCCAUGCAAGUGGAGGCUAACUACUCAAAGUCGUUGCAGAUUAACAUGAUAGAAGUUGUCAAAGGUUCCAAAGGUAUUGUAGCCAAGGAUUUAACUGCUGAGUUUGACAAAUUAAAGGCUACUGAGAGCCUCGACGAAAGUGGAACAGGUUCUACAAAAGUUAUAUUUAUAGGAGGUGGUUGUGGAAUUGGAAUAUGA